GUCUCCAACAGACGCUAAAGACCAGAGGGAAAUAAAAUAAAAUCCUUAGUUACCCGAACCAGACACCAAGCAAAACUGCAAAAGCUAAGUACUUUCGUGCCAUGGCGGCAGGGGACCAGCAACAACUCAAUCCUUCAACUGAAGACCCCUUCGCCAAGCUCUUCUCAUCCUAUCUCGGCCUAAGCUUCGCCCUCUCUCUCGCCCACUUACCCACCCAACCAUUCUCCGCACUCUCAACUCUCCAGACCCACAACAGGGACCUCACAUUUCAGGUAUCAGAGGCGGAGGAGCAGCUAAAGGAGCUCCUUUUACGCCGCAAAGAGGACUCCAAGGCCAAUGCGAGGGUUGUGGAGAUCUUCGCGACCCACAGGCACGCCUGGCAGCGAAAAGAGCGGAGUUUGUUGCAACAGAUCGACGAGGAGGCCGAGGAGAUUGCGCGGCUGAGAGAGCGGGUGGCUGAGCUGGAAAAAACGGAGGCCGAGCUGAAAAGGGCGGUCGCCGAGAGAGAUGAAAUGUUGGGUUUUUUGAGUAGUGGUGUAAAGAGUGUAAAGACUGCUCCUUUUUGUUCUCCCGAGUUGGAUUCUGAGAUGGGGAUGAGAUUUGGGAAAAUGGGUGUUUGUGAAGAGAUGGAGGAAUGUUUGAUGGGGGGAAGGGUUAAUAAUAGUGUGGAGGAGGAGGAGAAGAAUAUGUUCAGCCCAGAUUUCUUGAAUUCUGCUUCCAAAUUCUGGACUGAAAGAGCCAGUCCUUGGCCGGAUAUGCAGUAUGAAUCUCGUGAAUCCCUGUAUAAUUCGAAGCAUUAUGUAACAAGGGAGGCUCCUUGGAAAGAAUCAGCCGGAGUGUCGUCUAAACUGAAGCAACUUGAGCUGGAGCUAUUGAAUCUGGAAAUAGUUGGAAAGCGUGAUCUAUCGAAGGUAACAUCGCUAAUGCAAAAACAGGCAGAGAUAUAUCGAGCUAUUUCUGGGAAGAUUGACGAUCUUUGCCAAAGAAUGCAGGAUCCUUGUGAACCCCUCGGUUCAGAGUUUCGAACACAAAAGCAAACAGAUUUUCUGCUCGAAGCAUUCCGGCUCCAGCAGCACGCAUCUGAAACCGGGCAGAAACUCUUGGCGCUACAGUCUAAAUCGGGGAAGGCUCGUUGCGGGGAUGAUAGCGAAGGCCAAGCAAGCGUAGCCGCAAGAAGAGCCAUCGACCUAGUCAGAAACACCUUCAAAGAAAUCCAAAGAAGUUUAGAAAUAUGGCUGGCGAGAAUCAUCGGAGAUCUCGAAGGUGUUCUGGCCAGAGAUGGCGUUUCUCGCGCUAAGGACUAUUUCAUAUCUAUCUAGUUAUCCUCUUGUUCAGCAGUAAUAAGAUCCUAACUUGUUUUAAAGUGUCAUUAUCAUCAUGAACAAAACAAUAAACACUCCCCCUUUUGACCUUUGUGUUUCUUUAGCUGUAUAUAUAGCUCCAGUUUUAACAGCAAAGAUUUGAAGGAGUUGAAUAUCUGAUCUGCUUAGAAUGUUGUCACAAAGGAUUUCUUACAAUGGAACAUUUCAAAUGCUUUUGUUGGUAG